AUGUCGGCCAAUGGACGAGGAGACGACUGCACUGACGCCCGGAAAGACGACACGAAACAAUCCCCCGGAGGCUCGUCUUCUGCUGGCCCUGGUCCUUCAGAGGUGGAUGCUAAGCCUGGCUCCUCCAGCUUCAGGUACAGCCUGGACUAUCCCAGCAUCGGACAGUGUAUCAUCAUCAACAACAAGAAUUUUGACAGGAGGACAGGCAUGAACCAGAGAAAUGGCACAGACGUGGAUGCUGCCAACGCAAUGAAAGUUUUCUCAAAGCUGGGCUAUAAAGUGAAGAUCUACAACGACCAGUCAGUGGAGCAGAUGAAGCAGGUGCUAACAUCUGUUUCGAAGGAGGACCACAGCAGUGCAGCCUCAUUCAUCUGCGUGCUCUUGAGUCACGGCGACGAGGGCGUGUUUUUUGGCACAGACGGCUCAGUAGAGCUGAAAUUCCUCACGUCGCUGUUCAGAGGAGAUCGCUGCAGGACUCUGGUGGGAAAACCCAAGCUCUUUUUCAUCCAGGCCUGCAGGGGGACCGAUCUGGACGCAGGCAUUGAAACGGAUAGUGCAGAGGAUGAAACCACUCGCAUCCCGGUGGAGGCGGACUUCCUGUACGCCUUCUCCACAGCUCCUGGUUACUACUCCUGGAGGAACACCAUGACGGGCUCCUGGUUCAUGCAGUCGCUGUGUGACAUGGUCGGUAAAUAUGGAAGCGAGCUCGAGCUACUCCACAUCAUGACCCGUGUCAACUUCAAGGUGGCCGUGGAGUUUGAGUCCAUCUCCAACUCUCCCGGCUUCAAUGCAAAGAAGCAGAUCCCCUGCAUCGUAUCCAUGCUAACCAAGGAGAUGUACUUCAGCCCUUGA